AUGUGUGCCGGAUUCAUAAUCCAACGGCGACCCGAGAGAAUUCCAGAAGACGUCGCCGCCUUUCACGUCGUUCAGCAUCUGAAUGUACGAAGGGAGAAUCGGACGGAAGAGCCGUUGUCGACCGGGGAAACGAUAAUAAUGGUUCGCGAACGGACGCCGAUCGAGAUGGACCGAUCGGAGGAAACACUGGUAAAUGGGAAGAACGGAACGGAAAGGAUCAGAGGGAAAGCGUUGCAGAGUCUUGCUUUGAUGACGUCAGCGCACCCGAUUACUGUAGUCCGAGCCCUGAUGCAGUUCGGAUACGAGCCGUUUCCGACGAUUACGAGCAAGGAAUUCGUGUGGUUCGGUGCCAAUCAAGUCUUUCUCCCAAACAUUCUCAGUUACAGUAAGACCCCGAAGCUCGAAUUUUUCACCCGAUCCACUUUAUUUCUAGCCUAUCAACUCGCCAAAAGUAGACAUUUGUCAGCCUUAUUCGAAGGCCUCGACUCUGCAUUUUGCAUCCAUGUCGUGGGUGGUGCUGUGGAGAAUAUCGUGUGGGAAGUAUAUAAGGAAACACGUUAUUGCCACGUCACAGUGUCUAUUUUCAGUUCUUCGGAAGGUUCACGAGACAUAUAAAAGUGGAUAAUAGGCGGUUGCUCGGCAGACUGUUCACGUUCUCGUUGAGACUCACGCUGACGGAUUUGGUGGUGAAGAUCGUGACGAGACCUUUCAAAGGUAUCAUCGGUCUUCGAAGCGGCUAUGAAGGGUUUGUCUUGCAGUUGUUAUGCUCCGUCAGAUAGCCUGCAUCGUGGGGAACGAGCCCGGAUUCUCGACGGUCCGAGGGCUGGAACUGGGUUUCCGGUCGGGAUGGACGAAUCUGUUCAGCGGAUUGAGCACUGAACUCAGGAACGUUCUCCUCGGAUCAUUCCUCGCAUUCUUAGGAAGAUACGCAAUCGACCGACUCGUAGAAGACAAGCCGGAACGAAGAGUUCGGAACAGAAUCAUAGACAGGGUCUAUCAAUCGGUACCCUCGAAAAUAGUUGUCUUUUUUGAAACGCCUUCCGUUCAGGUGGUCACUGCCAAACAGAAGAUCACGUUCCUCGCUCUGAGCGUACUUUUCCAAUGCACAAUCGGAUGUCCUCUGGAGGUCACUUCGAAGAUCAGAGCCAUCAUCGGAACGGGAAUUCUGGCGGCCAACGGGCUCCCUUCGGAGUGCCACUCACACAACGGAGCGUGGCAUUUCCUGACUCAGCAGAACGCGCUUCUUAACGGAUCCAAAUGGUUCUUUCGAGUGAAAUCUUCUUUCGACUUUCUGUCAAUUUGAAUUUUAAUUCUGAAUGAAGCAGUUGGUCGAUAACAAAAGUUUAAUAAUAUUGAAGCUUGAAAGCUUUUCCGUGGACACAAAAUAAUCUAGUUUCAGUGCAAGGACGAUGAUUCGAAGAUAAGUAUGCUUGCCGCCACGUCGUGGUCGAAAAGUGAUCGCACCAACAAUCAUUCGCACUCUGUUUUCGUCCUCCUCCGUUUUUGUCAUCAUCUGGCUUCUCGUCCGAUUCGAUGAUAAACCGUGCGUCGGCCCGUCUGCGUCGCUCCCCCUCUGCCCUCUUUUCCUCGCCUUUUCAUCGAUUCCUCUGCGUCUCUGCCCUCUUUCUGAUGUAAUCGCACAUGCGUAUGGAUCACACUUGCCCCCCGUUUCGGUAUUAUAUAAACUGACGAUCAAACUUAUGGGGUUAUUCAGGCUGUGAAAAAAAUGAUUGUUUUCCGUUUUUUUCGUUUUUUUACGUCAAAAAAUCCAAUUCAGCGAUGUAAAAAAACGAAAAAAACGGAAAACAAACAUACGCUGAAUAGCCCCAUUAUUGCACCCACUUUUUCACUUUUCCCUUCUUUCAUUGAUUCUUCUCAAUUUCAGUGCGCAAUGGCCUAUUUGGAGCGUGCUUAUUUCGGUCUCCAAUGCUUUUGGGGCGAGUCGGCGUGGGCAAAACUGAAAGGAGUCGUGGUGACGAGAGUCGGGUACGCCGGCGGAAAACAGCCGAAUCCGACGUACAAGAACAUCAAGGAUCACACUGAGAUCACUGAAAUCACCUUCGACCCGAAGGUCGUCGAGUACCCGAAGCUCGUUAAUUUCUUCUGGACCCAUCACAAUCCAGCGGAGAGAAGAAAGAAGGUGAUGGUUUCAUUCUGGAAAGAUUCAUUUACCAAACAGUUUCAGCAAUAUCAAUCCGCCAUUCUCUACGUGAACGAUGCGCAGAAGAAAGUAGCGGAGGAGUCGCUUUCGUCCGCCAAAAAUAAGCACGGAGACAUCGAGACGUACGUGGAGCCGCUGGACAAGUUCUACCAGGCGGAGGACUACCACCAGAAGUACUGGUUCCGGCAGAAGAAGAACCUUUUCGACGAGCUCGGACUCUUGGACACUCAAGUCGCCGAGGGAGAACUGGCCACGAAGCUGAACGCCUACGCGGCUGGAUUCCAAGACUUUCACGAUUUGGAACGUCUUCAGAAGGAGUACCUGCUUCCGAAAUCGUUCGUGGACGGAAUCAAAGAGUACGCUCUUGCCGGAGGAGAUCCAAGAAACUGCCACGCUUGA